GGAAAAUGAGGUCUAUUUUCUGUGGAAAUUUUGAAUAUGAUGCCCGGCAGUCAGAGUUGGAGCGGCUUUUUAGACGAUAUGGGAAGGUUGAUAGGGUUGAUAUGAAGUCUGGACUAUCUUUGGCAUAUCCAUUUUCCCCCAAGCUAAUGGAUGGGCUUUUCAGAAAUCCGUUUCCUGCCUGUGAUGCACAUCUUCUUUUAAAGAAGAAUCGUUCAAUUUGAUCUGCAAUGGCACAACUGUUCCACGUAUUCCUCUGUCACACUUGCCUUCCAAUUUUCAUGCCUUUUGCACAGCCUUCACUUUUGGACAUGUUGAGGUUGAAAUAUAGCCAACCUCACAGCGGAGGCAGCAGAAUACAUGGGGAGGCCACUCACUUUCCAUUGACCCACCAUGAGAACUACACUUUUGGGUUCUUGUUGUUGACACCACUUUGUUUAUAACUCAAGGAUUUGCUUUUAUCUAUAUGGAAGAUGAGAGAGAUGCUGAUGCUGCUAUUCGUGCUCUUGAUCGGGCAGAAUUUGGUCGGAAGGGGCGGAGACUUCGUGUGGAAUGGACAAAGCAUGAGCGUGGCAUCAGAAAGCCUGCUGCUCCAAGAAGAUCAUCAGCUACUGCGAGGCCAUCAAAGACUUUAUUCGUGAUUAAUUUUGAUACAUUCCAUACAAGAACAAGGGACUUGGAGAGACACUUUGAACCGUAUGGGAAGAUAGCCAGUGUGAGGAUCAGAAGGAAUUUUGCUUUUGUUCAGUAUGAAUCAGAGGAUGAUGCUUGUAAAGCACUGGAAGCCACAAAUAAUAGCAAGUUAUUGGACCGGGUUAUUUCUGUUGAAUUUGCUGCUAAAGAUGAUGAUGAUAGGAGAAAUGGAUAUAGCCCAGAGAGAGGCCAUGAUAAUCGUCAUGAUAGGAGCCGUGAUGGAAGGCGAUCACCUAGUCCUUAUCGCAGAGAAAGGGGUAGUCCUGAUUAUGGUCGUGGGGCCAGUCCUUACAAGAGGGAGAGGAGCAGCCCUGACUAUGGCCAUGGCCGCAGCCGUAGUAGAAGCCCCCACCGCAGAGUGCGAGCUAGCCCUGCUCACGGGCGUAGAAGCCCUAGUCCAUAUAGAAGAGAGAGGGAUGGCUCUGAUCUUGUUCGUGACUCCAGCCGCAGUCCUUUUCACAAAGAGCGAGGGAGAACCGAUCGGUCUUCCUCCCUUAGUCCCAAAAGAAGAGGGAGGACAAGCCCUCAAAAUGGUGGUGACUCUAGCCGUAGUCCUUAUGAUCCUGUGAAGGCUACUAGCCCUGAAAAUGGCGAGAUCAAACAUAGUCCUGAUGCAAGAGGGAAUCCCAGCGAUUACAAUGGAUAUGGAGGAGGGAGCCCAGAUAAUAUGCGUGAGCCUGAACCUGAGCCUGAGGCCGAGCCUGAGCCCAGGGACAGUCCCAACUAUGGUGGUCCUGAAAGUCCCAUGCAUGAACGAUACCGCAGCCAGUCACCCCCUGCAGAAGAAUGAUCUCAGUUCUUGAUGAUAAAAGCCAGAAGGGCUGACUGAUUGUAAUAGUAUGUCAUGGAAGGACUAGAUUUAAUUUCGCCAAAUUACUAUAGAAUAGUAGUGAUGAAGUUUCGGAACUUGUGGUGUUGUGAAAACUUAUCAGCACUUUAUUCAUUUAGACAGUUUCAUGCUAGCUUGGUUGACAGCUUAAUGGUAGAAUCUUUGUUUAACAGUCAAAUUGUAGACUUAUAUCCAAGAUCUAUUUUUUGUCAA